AUGUCUUCCAACGCUGUGGUUGAUACUGGCAGCGAUAAAGACCAGCCUGUGAAGGAUGUCACUGAGCAAAAUGUCGAACACUCUAAGCCAGUUUCCCGCUUUACUCGAUGGUAUCGAAGCCCUUUAUUUAAUGUCAUUAUCGUGGGUUUAAUCUCUUUUACCCAGCCUGGAAUUUGGAAUGCCCUCAACAAUACUGGCGCUGGUGGUCAGCAGGAGCCAUACCUUGUCAAUGGCGCCAACUCGCUCACCUUUGGCAUCAUGGUGUUUGGAUGUUCCCUGUUCAGUAUUGUGGCCAAUAAAAUUGGUCUGAAAUGGGUUCUUAUGAUUGGUACUCUUGGAUAUGCGCCUUAUUCCGCGGCUCUCUACACCAACAACCGAUACGGAACUGAAUGGUUUGUUCUGCUUGGGGGUGCCACCUGUGGCAUUGGCGCAUCAGCCCUUUGGGCUUCAGAGGGUGCUAUCGCUUUGGGUUAUGGCGAUAUUAAGGAUCGUGGAAAAUUCACUGGAAUUUGGCUUGGUCUGCGAGAGCUCGGGCAACUUAUCGGCUCCUCAAUUCAGCUAUCACUCAACGUCGGUUCCGGAAAGCGAGGUCGCGUUGGAUACAGCACUUAUCUUGUUCUAAUUGCUCUUCAAUGCCUCGGUCUUCCUCUGGCGUUUCUAAUCUCAUCCCCGCAUAAAGUCAUUCGAUCCGACGGCUCCAAGCUUCCCCAGAAGGAGACCAAGACGACCAUCAAAGAACAGUUCAGAAGAUGGGGCGCUCUUAUCAAGAGAAAGCAGUUCUUCCUCUUGAUUCCCAUUCUCGUCGGCUUCAAUUGGAACACCACAUACUUGGGUAUUUACCUCGUUAAGUACUUUUCUGUCCGGGCGCGUGCUUUGGCUUCAUUGAGCUCUGGUAUUGCUGCCACUGCCGCCAACAUCUUCUGGGGAUGGUUCUUCGAUCUCAAGUACUUCAGUCGACCUCAACUUGCUAGAGCGACGUGGGCCUUUUUGGCAGUUACCAUGACUGCUCUGUUUGGCUGGCAGUUUGCUAUGGAAUUGGAGUACGGCAAAGCUAGCCCUGCUGUUACUCUAGACUGGGAUCUUCCAGGAUUUGGUCGGGGUUUUGCUGUUCAAGUCCUUCUUCGAUUUAUGAACGAAUCUCACUACAUGUUUGUGUACUGGCUCAUCGGAACUUUCUUCGAGGAUGUUGAGACUCUCACUCUUGCUGUCGGUCUGGUUCGAUCAUUUGAAUCUCUUGGUUCAUGCUUGGCGUUUGGUGUCGGCGCUGCCAAGGUGCCUUCUCUUACAAACCUUAUCGUUGCCUUUGCAAUGUUCGCUAUCUCACUGCCUUCAACAUCUUUUGCCGUUUUCCUUGUUCCUGAGCGUCCAGAAAACCACGCACUUGAUAGGAGAGAGGAGUCUGAGGAAUAG